AUGAACCAAUAUUUUGAUACAAAUUACAGUCAAUGUUCUCAAGAUUUCACAUUUUUGGCAAGUUCGAAAUAUCUACAAAUAAGUUUGCAUAUUUUCUCGUUUUUUUCAAUUCCACUUGGAAUUUAUGGCGGAUAUCUGAUCUUAUAUCAAACUCCGCCAAAAAUGAAAAAUAAUCAAAAUUGUAUGAUGUAUCUGCAUGUUUGUACUUUUAUAAUGGAUAUUGUUUUCAAUGUUUUAGUUUCACCAAUGUUAUUUCUACCGUCACUUGCGAUUAAUGUUGUUGGUUAUUUAUAUGAUAUUGGUGUUGGUUUUAAACCGUUAAUCUACAUUGCACAAGAAUCUCUUUUCUGUGAGUUUCCCUAGACAACAAAAAUAAUAUUCUGUGUAAAAAUUAAAGUUUUUCAUUCCGUCCUCUACUUUCAAUAAUUUGAUGAAUUUCAGUUUUUGGCAUGUCAAUUCUUACUCUUUUUCAAAAUCGUCAUAGUUGUAUCACAACAAUUUAUCCAAAAAUGACAAAUAAAUAUACAAUCUUCAUUUAUUAUGCAAUCCAUUAUACUUUUGGUGUUUUCUGUCUUUUUGUCUAUUUUUUCGAUGUUGUUGAUAACGAAGUUCAGAAGCUCAAAAUUCUAACUUAUAUCCCAUGUCCUGUUCCAGAAUUUUUUAGUUCAAGAACUGAAGUUUUAACAGAACGUAAUAUGUUAGUCAGUUCACUUGUCGGUUUCGAAUGCACUAAUGUUAUAUUAAAUAAUGCAUUUUUUGUGUUGCAUAGCGCUUAUCAUUUGUCAAAUGCGCCGUCUUCAAUUUCUAUUAGAACAAGAAAAUUACAAUUAUAUAUUCUGAUUAUAUUUUUCAUUCAAGUAUCAAUCCCAUUUCUGGUUUUAAUUAUUCCAGUCACUGGUAUUUUAUCAAUACUAUUUGUUGGAGGAUAUCAUCAAGGUUUGAACUUUGUUUGAAACAUUUUGGAAAAAUUAGAGAGUAAUCAAAACGUGUAAACACCAGACAAUAAUUUUUGAUUUUUCCUGAUUUCUUGAGAAAAUCAGACCGUCUUUUUUUCUUAGUAACAACGAUUUUUCAGGUGUCAAUAACAAUCUUAUGGUAGUGUUUUCAAGUCAUGGUUUAUUGUCUAGUCUCGCAUUGAUCAUUCUACACAAACCUUAUCGAGAUUACACAAUAAAUCAAUUUCGUCAGAUAAACCAUAAAAAACCAAGAAGAAAUCAAGUUGUGACGCCAAAAACAAGCGCUAGUGUUCUUGGUUGCUGAAAUUUUAAUUAAAAAAUUUCAAACAACUGAAAAACAGCAGAUUUUGAAAAACAAACAAAUAUCCGACAACAAAAAUGUGGUUUCUUAUUUUUGUCUUGCAAUAUAUUAUUCAAAUUAUUGGAAUAUUAUCUCAUCUCUUAUUUUUGAAGUUUGUGAUUUUCACAAAUUGUUUCGAUAAAUUUUCAAGAAUAAGUUUAACUCUUUUAUCAUUUGCACAAAUUCUUAUGUUAUUCAGUUGUGGUUUUCAACAUUUUGUCAGCUAUAAAUAUAAUUCUCAAAAUAUUUUUGCUGAUAAAGAUUAUGAAACAUUGAGUCUCAAUAAAUUUGCUGUAGCAAUCCAUAGAUAUGGCGAAAUGUUGCAAUUUAUUUCUCAAUUAGUUUUUGCAAUUGAAAAAAUAAUUAUGAUCAAAUUCCGUGAUUUUCAUCAUCAACAAAUAAAUUCAGUGGUUAAUUUAUCUUUUGCCAUAUUCUUUGGACAGUUUUGUGCAAUGAUUUAUAUGUAUCAUACUGUAGUUCGACGUAAGUUAGAUGAAAAAUAUACGAGUUUUUCUUUAUAAUGUUUUUAGCAACGGGAUCAAUGGAAUUCUGGUUAUUACUUAUUCAAUUAAUUGUAUUAUUAAAUUUUGCACUCGUUAUUUAUAUUAAAAGAAUUUCUUCACUUUUUUAUCAUUCAGAAUACAAAUUGAAUCAAAAAUAUGAUGUAAGAAAAUGGAAAAAUCAUAUUUUGAUAUUAAUUAAUUUUUUUUCAAAAUCAGAAAAAAAACAAAGACGUUGUUUUGAAUUUCAGCUAUACAAAACUCACGAGAUUGCUAAUUGUUUUGUCUAUUCUUCGGCUCUUACUGUAACUUUUGAUCUAACAAUUAUGCUUCUUGUCACUCUUCAAUAUUUGGGAUUUUUCUUUCCGCCCGAUCAAAAUUAUAAGAACCUAUUUAUUGACAACUUUAUUUAUAAUAUACAUUUAAUGAUAUUUCCAUGGGUUGUCUCGUUUUUUCACAAAUCUGUGAGACGGAAAUUUGUGAGUUUCAAAAAAUGUUCCAAAAAAAUGUUCCAAAAGUUCCAAAAUUAUUGUUUUCUAGAAAUCUCGAAAUUCGGUUGUCAGUUUUUUGGAUUUCGAUGGUCGGUCAAUGAUUCAUGUUCCGAAUCAAUCCGAACAUUUUGAACAAUUGAAACAAGCUUGGAGAUAG